AUGGCUGCCCCCAACGAUGGCUACGGCCAGUUCCCACCUGGCCAACAAUACGAUCAUCCCGAGCUAGGCACUCCAGGAUUUGAAGGUCAAGCAGCAUCGCCUCCACCCCAAGCUGCAGCCCAGGCCAUCGAUGCUGGCAAGAAGAAGAAGAGGGGUUAUGCGACGCAGGCGUUCGAAUUUGGUGCCGGUGGGAAUGCGGCUGUUGGCGGUCAAGGUCCCGGCGGCAUGCCCCCGAUGCCUGGCGCAGGAGUCCCUGGUGCGGUCCCUCAGCAAUCCCCCGGUUAUGGUGGCUACCCAGGCCAAGACUUCCAAGGCGGAUAUGGUGGUAGUCCUGCACCGGCAGCAUACGGCGCUCCUAUGGGAACUCAUCAACCCGCCGCGGCAGGCGGUUACCAAGCACCGGAAGCCUACUACCAAGGAGGGGUUGUGCCUGGCGCACCUCAAGGGGUCUCUGGUAUCACGGCCGGUAUGGCUGGCAUGAACAUGGGAUCUGGAGCACAACCGUCGCCGCAGCAGGGCGGACAGCAACCACCCCGAGUUGCCUUGAACCAACUCUAUCCUACUGACUUACUGAACCAGCCGUUCAAUGUUUCCGAGCUGGAUCUUCCCCCUCCUCCGAUCAUCCUACCCCCUAAUGCCAGCGUGACGCAAUCGCCCGACUCCAACUGUCCGCCCAAGUAUAUCCGAUCUACUCUCAACGCCGUUCCGACUACCCAUUCUCUUCUAAAGAAGUCGAAACUGCCUUUUGCGCUUGUUAUUCAGCCCUAUGCGGCGCUGCAUGACCUCGACGAUCCCGUCCCCGUUGUUCAAGACCAGGUCAUUGCUAGGUGCCGAAGAUGCAGGACGUAUAUCAACCCCUAUGUCAUCUUCUUGGAUCAAGGUCACAGAUGGCGAUGCAACAUGUGCAACCUUACCAACGAUGUCCCCCAAGCCUUCGACUGGGAUGCGGCUACGCAGAAGAGCGUCAACAGAUGGGAUCGAUAUGAGCUCAACCAUUCCGUUGUCGAGUUUGUGGCUCCCCAGGAGUACAUGGUCCGCCCCCCUCAGCCUCUUGUCUACUUGUUCCUCUUCGACGUCAGUUAUGCCUCCGUCAGCACCGGUCUUUUGGCCACCAGCGCCCGCACCAUUCUGGACAGUCUCAACAGGAUACCGAAUGCAGACCGCCGCACUCGCCUUGGAUUCAUCGCUGUUGACUCGAGCCUUCACUACUUUUCGAUCCCCAAGGACGGCGACGAGAAUACCGAGACGAGCAUGUUGGUUGUUAGUGACUUGGAGGAGCCGUUCAUGCCGGUUCCUCAAGAUCUUUUGGUGCCGCUGAACGAGAGCCGAGCAAGCGUUGAGAACUUCCUCUCGAAGCUCCCAGAAAUGUUCCAGAACAACCAAAGCAACGGCUCGUGCAUGGGAUCCGCCUUGAGAGCUGGCCACAAGCUGAUUUCACCUCUCGGGGGCAAGAUUGUCGUUCUCAGCGCUUCUUUGCCCAACUUGGGCGUAGGUAAACUUGACAUGCGAGAAGACAAGAAACUUCUGGGUACGUCAAAAGAGAGUGGACUGCUGCAAACGGCAAGCAGCUUUUACAAGUCGUUUGCGGUCGAAUGCUCCAAAAACCAGGUGUCCAUCGACAUGUUUCUAUUCUCCUCUCAGUACCAGGAUGUGGCCUCGCUUAGCAAUCUCCCUCGCUAUACUGGCGGACAGACGUGGUUUUACCCAGGCUGGAACGCGGGACGGGCCGAGGACGCCAUUAAGUUCGCUACAGAGUUCAGCGACUUCUUGUCGUCAGAAAUCGGAUUGGAAGCCGUUCUGCGAGUCCGCGCGACUACUGGCCUGCGCAUGAACACGUUCUACGGUAACUUCUUCAACCGGAGUUCGGACCUGUGUGCUUUCCCGGCGUUCCCCCGUGACCAAUGUUACGUGGUCGAGGUGGCCAUCGACGAGACUUUGCAGAAGAACGUGGUCUGUCUGCAAGCCGGUGUGCUGUACACGACUUGCAAUGGCGAGCGCCGCAUUCGCGUAAUGACCCUGGCGUUGCCUACGACCACAAACUUGGCAGACAUAUAUGCGUCGGCGGACCAGUGCGCGCUCACAACUUACUUCAGCCACAAGGCUGUCGAGAGAGCGUUGAGCAGUAGCGGACUGGACGGUGCUCGGGAUGCUCUCCAAAGCAAGCUUACCGAGCUCCUUCAGACCUUCAAGAAGGAGCUCGGAGGUGGAAGCAUGGGCGGUGGUGGCCUUCAAUUCCCAGCCAAUUUGCGUGGUCUCCCUGUUCUGUUCCUAGGCCUGAUUAAAAACAUUGGUCUCAGGAAGUCGGCGCAAAUUCCUUCGGAUCUGCGGUCUGCUGCGCUCUGCCAGCUCUCUACGUUACCGCUACCGCUGCUGAUGCAGUACAUCUACCCGAGGCUCUACUCGUUACACGACAUGCCCGAUAAUGCAGGUGUACCGGAUGGGGAGACCAAUCAGAUCGUGCUGCCGCCACCUUUGAACCUCUCGUCCGAGCGAUUCGUGAGUUACGGUCUCUACUUGAUUGACGACGGGCAGACGCAAUUCCUGUGGAUUGGCAGAGAUGCGGUGCCGCAGCUGUUGACGGACGUGUUCGGCUUCGGGGAGCGCACACAAUUGCGCGUGGGCAAGGGUUCCAUCCCUGAGUUGGACAAUGAUUUCAAUGAACGCGUUCGGGCUGUGAUCCAGAAGAGCCGUGACCAUCUAUCGCGGGGUGUUGGCAGCAUCAUUGUGCCGCAUCUCUAUAUUAUACGUGAGGAUGGCGAGCCCAGCUUGAAGCUCUGGGCUCAGACUCUACUGGUGGAGGAUCGUGCAGACCAAGGAAUGUCGUUUGGUCAAUGGAUGGGCAUGCUGAGAGAGAAGGUGAGUAGCUGAUUAUGCUGCGUCAUGGGAGUAUUCUAGUUUCUGACGAUGGCUUUUUUCAUCAGGUUGUGCAGUAACGAUGGUUGUUUGUGGAA